CCAUUUCGGUGACUCAUCGGCGGAAAGCGGUGCAAGGGAUCGCAAAAAAACUCAUCAGAAGAAAAAAAAAAAAACGAACUGUUCCGAAGCUGGGAGUGAGCGAGAGACAGAGAGAGAGGUGUUACAACAAAGCGCGAUAUUAAAGUUACAGAUAUUCCCCCUUGGAUCAUGUACCAGGAUUACUCCGGGAACUACGAUACGUCCUCCCGAGGCAGCAGCGCGUCUCCGGCCCAGCCUGAGUCCUUCACCAGCGGCGACUGUACCAUCGGCAGCCCCAUCUCUUCCUCCAGCUACCAGAAGUACCGUCUUGACAUGCCAGGCUCCAGCAGUGCCUUCAUCCCCACCAUCAAUGCUAUCACCACCAGUCAGGACCUGCAGUGGAUGGUCCAGCCCACAGUCAUCACAUCCAUGACCAGCCCAUAUGCCCGCUCUCACCCCUACACAGUGCCGGGCACCAGCCACCCCGGCCCCACUGCCCACAAUGCCCUCGCCAGGCCGGGAGUCAUCCAUUCCAUUGGGGACACGAGGAGCCGCCGCAAGAGAGACGAGCAGCUGACCCCAGAGGAGGAGGAGAAGAGGAGGAUCCGACGGGAACGGAACAAGCUGGCUGCCGCUAAGUGUCGCAACAGACGCAGGGAGCUGACUGAGCAGCUCCAGGAUGAGACAGAGAUGCUGGAGGAGGAGAAGGCAGGUCUGCAGAAGGAGAUCGAGAACCUACAGAAGGAGAAGGACAAGCUUGAGUUCAUGCUAGUGGCGCAUAACCCUGCGUGCAAGCUGCCUCCUGACCAGCGCCACUCCCAGACGCAGCAGUCAGCCCCCCUCUCCCUGGCAGUGCGGUCCCGACAGGGAUCCCUAAUCCCGGUGGUGGUGAAGCAGGAGCCCCUGGAUGAGUCAGACGAGCUGGCCAGACCCUCGCUGGACCACUCGCAGCGCUCUGUCAUCAAACCCAUCGGCCUGGGAGGAGGGAUGGGCUUGUACUUCUCUGAGGCAGACAGCCUCAACACUCCUGUCGUGGUGACAUCGACCCCCGCGACCACCCCUAACGCAUCCAGCCUCAUCUUCACCUACCCCAGCAUGUUGGAGCAAGAGAGCCCCUCCUCGCCUUCCGAGUCCUGCUCCAAGGCCCAUCGCCAGAGCGGCAGCAGUGGAGAUCAGUCAUCAGACUCCUUGAACUCCCCCACCUUGCUCGCACUCUAAAACUGGCCACUCAGGGGUGGCAAAGACAGAAGAUGAGCGGAGGAAGAAGUGAUGGGAAUAUGAUGUUGCUUUGAACUGUUUCUCCCAGUCUAGAUCAAUAUGGAAAAUGCUGUCUAUAAAUAAUGACAUGAAUGGUUUAAAUAAGUUAAUGUUAUUGGCAUAGUCUCCCCAAAGCAAUCCUGGACAUCCAGACUUUUUUUCAGAGACUUUUUAAGGGCUAUUGAUAUGUUUUUUUUCCUUCUUCAAAAAAAGCUGAAAGCUGCUAUAACAGGGGCUGCUCUUUAUGUUCAGUAAAAGGGUUGAACCAGACGAUUUCAUUAGCCCAGUCUCUGUUAAAGGGGUUUGCUAAACACAUAAACUGCGUCAAUGCAAGACUGGAAGGUUGCUCAUAGUGUUUGUAAAUUUAAGUUUAAGUACUACUAUAUACAUUUUGUAUGCUUUAGAGAACUUUGCAAUAAUGUUUUUUGUACUACUCGCUGCAUUCUUAUUGUUGAGGGCAGAAAAUAAUGAAAUAGAUGAAUAAAUACAAUACAAAAAAGAAAGAAACACCCCUACUAAGUGUUUUAUUGCAAUGAUUCUUAUGAAAAUGCACUUACUUUUAUUCUUUUCAAAGUUUCAAAUUAUAAGUUAUAUAUCUCAAGUUUUAUACGCAACAUAAUUGAAGACAUUCGUCCUGUUUUAGGACGUUUGAGACCCAAAGGAUUUGAAGCUUGGGGUUUAAGUUGCUGGAAUACAAACUCUCCUGAAAGAUCUUGACUGAGUUUCAAACAUAGCAGUUGGCUGGAAUAUUUAUUUUCCAUGAUCACAUCAGCAGGUACACUGUACUGAAAAUCUGCCUGAGCAUUUGGAGACUCUCAUCUUGCUGCUGAUUCUCACUGAAGGAGGCUGUGGACUAUAAUAUCAGAUUGUUUCCUAAAUCGCAUUCCUUUUGCUGUAUUGACUUGUGUGAUUCUUAUAACUGCAGAGACACCUUUAGUUCUGCAGAUCUGA